GAUUAUAGGGAAGGGGAAUGCGCCGUCACGUCAGUAUUCCGCGAACCAUCGACGAGUGUAGUUCGUGUCUCGGUUCGUUCCAAUUUUCUUGUCAUCAGUGACUAUAUAUUCGUGUUCGUAAUUUGAUCACCGAGAACAUCGUGAAUCGUUAAAUUUAUUUUUUGUUUUAUCAAUAACACUAAUAAUUUGUAUGAUUCGUCGUCCAUGAACUUUUCGUCCGUAACCUUUUCGUCGUUCGUUCGUUGAAAGAUGAUGCAUGGUCGGUAAUGUCGCUGAUUAAGGAGUACUGACUACCAUUCGAGUAAACGUUGAUAAUAAAUGAUAGCAGGCAAAUCUUGCGAGGCGUUAUUCGAGAAAUGUGAGCGUUGACAAGACGAAUUUACGCGCGAUCGACGAUUUUGCGCCGCGGAGCGCGAACUACGACCCCGUUGGUCAACUCGAGACGAGUAAAACGAGACGGCGUGGCGUCUGUAUCAGCAAACAGCGUAGCUGCGUCUCGCGUUCGGAUUGAAACGCGAGUGAGUGGUUGUUGGAGAGUGAUAAGAGAGGCGGGAUGAGUGCAAGAGAAGUCACCCUUGUUGGAGGCUCUCCGUGGGGAUUUCGUAUGCAUGGUGGUCAUGACCUGCAUCAACCCCUUCGUAUCUCUAGGGUUAAUCCAGGCAGCAAAGCGGCUCAACAGGGGGUGAGAGAGGGUGAUUUGAUUAGUAGCAUAAAUGGAAGAACUACCCGGGAUUUAACGAACAGCGAAGCACAUGCACUCUUACGAAACGCUGGAGAACACUUGAAACUCGGUUUAAAUCAGGAAAAUAUUGGCUCUCCAAAACGACGAAUUUAUAGAAGUAGUUUGCAAGAAAAUACUACUAGUGAAAUUCUCAGCAAAACAACGACAACGAAAACUACGACUACAUCGAAUACUCAGAUUAUAACGACUGAUACAAAGAAGAACGAAACAAAUGAUACAAAAUCUGACCAAAGCUACGCCAAUCAGAACGGUGAACCGAAGAGUUCCUUGAUCCACCAACGAAACGAAACCGAGAAAAGAGUUUGCAAAUUCUUGGAGUACGCUACCGACACGGAAGAGAUUAACAUGCCGCACAGUGCGCGAAACCGCAGAAAUCGCAAAGGUCGCAACAACAGAAGACCUUUUCAAAGGCAGCAAACUCUGGAUAAAGCUACGAAAGAUAACAACGCCACCAUAGAAAUUCCGAAGAACAUCGAGGAACACGAAGAGAAUCUUCACGAACCUAAGACGAGCGCAGAUACGAAGACGAACGACUCCGACUCGGAGAAUACCGUACACAGUGGCAAAAAUCAACGGCAGAAUGUCGAAGACGAUGAUGUAAACGUGACAAAGAAUUCGGAUAACGAAAUCACCCCAAAGGGAGUUAUAUCGAAGUCUCGUAGAUACGCGAAAGAAGAAAAGUGUCGAAUAGAGAUAGGUACAGUGCAACCUGGCAUCAAAGUUAUGAAGAUCACAACGAUCAGUAGUUCACCUCUGGAAGCAAAGAUCGAUCACAUUCCCGGGGUCGGUAUCGUAGAGACUGGCAGUAAAGAUAAGAUGCCGGAUAACGAGGCUAUUGUGACAAUUUCCGAACCUGUGGACUCUUUCUCUUCUUCUACGACGAAAGUGGACAGGAAGAACGAUCUGAGUCAAGAUUCGAUGUUGACUGGCAACAAGCUGCAGAUUCGCGAUGUCAGCGACUGCGACACGGUAGACACCGAUAACGUUAAACCAGUUAUCGUCGAAAUGGAAUCGGACGUGGAAAGGGAGCCAACGGAGCUAGCUACGCGGUUGGAAGCGGAUUUCGAUGACUCUGAUGCGUCGAAGCAAGAUUUUGUGGAACCGAGGCGUGUCUGGGACAGCGUGAUGCCGCACGACGUAGAGAGGAAAUUGAGGAGCUUCAUCGAGAGUCUAAAAUUGCCGACUUACGUGGAGGACGUCGUGGAACCAACGAAGCCGACGGACCACGAGCGGAUCAGUGGCUCGACGCACAAGAAGGCGAGGAAACGCGCCACUUUCGAAGCGCAACACGCGCACUUGCAAGCGGCUAACAGGUUUUUGGACAUCAUUCAAGAGGAGGGCGAGAAACUGUCCGAAGACGAAGAGCAGCAUAUAAGAGAUUUUAUUAACGAGGAGAUUGGGAAAUACCGGAGGAAAGAACGCUGUUCGGAACGUGUAGAACAUAAAGAGGGAUUGACGCAAGAAAUAAGAGGGGAGGAGCACAGUGUGAAGAUAAAUGUGAUCAACGUGGACGAAGAAAUGUCUGAGAAAAAGGAAGAUGCUGAUAAAAAGCAAGAUGCUGAUAAACAGGAAGAUGCUGAUAUAGGAAGAACUGUAGAAUUGGAUAGAGUGGAAACGGAGCUUGACACUAGAGAAGCGAGGAAGCCGAUUGACGAAGAUGAUGAAUCGCAGAAGGAUUCAAAGGAAGAGAAUUUCAAGCCGAAAGAAGAUAAUGAUACGGAAGUGUUAGAAGGGAAAAAUGUUAAUGUUGAAGACGAGUCUGUAGGAAGUGAGUCAUUCAAAAUAGAGGAAUUGGAGCAAAGUAUAGAAGAAGAUGAAGAGAUAUUAGAGAAAAAGGACGAUAAUAAUGGAAAGAUCGAGGAAGUGGUAAGCGAACCAUUGAGUGAUGACAGUAUAAGUCAAAGUGAUUCUAAGUUGAUUGUUGAAGAUGAAACUAGUGAUCAAAUGUUGUUUAAUGGUGCAAAUAAUGAAUUGAAAGAUUUGAAUAAUAAGCAAUUAAACGAAAAAUGUGAAACAUUAACUGAUGAUGUUAGAAUAAAAGAAGUAGAGAAAGUAUCGCUUGUUCAAGAAGGUAUGUCGACAGAACAGACGUCAGAAAAACAAUCAGAAGAUUCUGAUGAUUUAAAUAUCAGUGCACGUUGUACGACGAUACAGGUUGAAGAGAACAAAAAUGAAAAAUUAGAACUGGAUAAAAAUCAAGAUACUUUGAAUGAAAUAUCGGAAGAAUUAAAGAUCAAACAGUUAGAAGUGGAUGGUAAUUGUACUCGUUUGGAAAGUGAAGUAUUAAUUGAAAAGCCUGUUAGAGAAGAAAAAUUGGAUUUGGAAAAUAAUAUACGAAAUUCUGAAGCAAAUACAUUGUCAAAGGAAACUGAAGAAUCAAAAUCAAUUGGUGACGAUGAUGGUUCCAAAAACGAAGUGCUGUGUGAAAAAUUGGUAAAAGAGAAGGAAUCUUGUAUGAGAGAUGAUGUUGUGAAAGAUUCCGAAGUAAAUACGUUGCCUGAAAAUCGAACGACUGAAGCGAUUGAAAAUGGAACAACAAAUAAUGGAGAAUCGUCUCAUAAAAGUGAGAUAAAGUUCGCAAAAGUCGAUGAAGAAUCAUCGUACGAAAUAACAUCUGCAGAAGUCAAUGAAAAAUCAUCGCAAUAUGAAACAAAACAUAGAGACGUCGAUAAAGAAUCAUCGAAAGAAAAUGAAACGAAAUCUGUAGAAAUUAAUAACGAAUCAUCCGAAUCGAAAUAUUUAUGUGUAGAAAAUACGCAAAAUGAAAGUUAUACCAAUCCAAAAAACAUUAAUAUUUCCGAAUCAAGCAUAACGAAAAGCGUAAGCGAUGAAUUAUUAAAAGAACAAUCCUGUUGCAUAGAGAGGAAAUGCCCAGAAAUUCAGACUCCAGAAAACGUUAUAUCAGUGAUAAAGACAAAACCUUGUACCGUAACGCCGCCAAAAAGAUCUUCUAGCCUGUCAGACAUCGAUUUCCAAGAGAAAACAACGUAUUCCGGUAUUUACGAUCGUAAUCCUCCAAUCCCUCCGCUUCGUCGAAAAAGGGAAGUCAAACAGCUCAUAGACGUUGACGAUCCUCCCAGUCGUCCACCUCUUCCGAAAGAAAACCUCAGUAUAUUCGAUGCAUCUUUCAGACAACCCUUGGAAAUACAUUCUUUGGAGACUCCAACGAUGUGUAGGAAUAUUGGCAGCCUGAGAACUUUAUUGACAAUAAUAUCCCGCAGUGACGCGUCCGUCAGAAAUAUUCGCGACGCUUUAAGCACCGUGGAUUCGUUGGCUCUGCCUGAGAACGUACGCAAGAUAAUCGAUGAUCUAAGAGCAAGCGGGAGGAGGGCUUGUCUCGGGAGUGACAUUACCGAAUUGCACAAUUACCUUGAGAACGGCGCCGAGCUUGGCAAUGGAGCAACGCCUGAAAUAACGCAUGACUACUUGAAUCGUAACGUACACGAAAAAUCGUCGGCGUCCAAGUCGUCGGCGAGAUCUGACGCGCACGAGCCGGUCGAACGACUAGUGAAAAUGGUCAUAGAAUCGUCUAAGGACGAACCUGAUCGAGCAACACUUUCUGAUAAAUUCAAUCAGAAGCAAUCCGAGAGUAAGAUCGGAACGUUAACGAAUGAAAAUCAGGGAAAGAAAACUGAAUCGGAACAGUCAUCGCGUCAUCAUGUUAAUAAGGAGGUUAUCAAGAGUGAAAUGUCGAUGAAGAAGAAGAUUGUAACGCAAAAAAACAUAUCAACUAUGCGUGACUUUAGAUCGCGUAAUAAUAAAGUUGAAAAUUCAAAAGAUACCAGGGAGUUAACUACUAGCGAGGAAGAGUUUGAAGAAAUAUACAAAUAUUCCACUUCAAAGGACAAUGACGAAGUGCAGUCUUACGUUCGUAAAAUUAGCAAGCACGAUAAUCAUGAUCAGAAGGAACGUGAAAAAUUCGAUAGCCCAUCAGAAAUACUAGACUCUAUUGUAAAAAUCCACCCUGAGCAUUUCAUGGAUAAAGAUAAGUUGGAGACAGUGGAUUAUCAAGGGCACGACUCGUCCAGCAGUGCGACUACUUUGAGUACGGUGAAGUAUAACCCGGCAGAUGCCUGGCAAGCUGACAUUUAUUCGAUAAUAGCGGAAGAAGCAAGGAAAAGCAAGCUUAAGCGAGAGGCAGAGGAGAAAGUCGAGUCAUCCAGCUUGAGAAACAAACUUCCUUUGCUGAAAAGCGAUGAAUCGUUUUAUAACACAACGAACUGUCACGAAGUUCCAGUGACACCUGAACCUAUACCCUAUUCACCUGUCGAAGAUCUGUGUUACGCGACCAUUGACAGUGAUGCGAAUUAUGUGAAAAGUCAGUCGCAGAAAGACGGGACUACCAAUAGACCAGAGUCUUUGAAAGACCUUAGCAUUAAGAAAAUUUUGUCGAUGCCGUACGGUUUUCACGUAAUCAACGAGAUCACGAUGCCUAAAUUUAACAUCUUUAAAAGUCUACGAUCUAUCCCGAAGUUUACUAAUAACGUAACGAAUGAUGAGAUUAGAGACAUUCCAUUAAAUAUGCAUGCAUUACCCAAGUCGCGGCAAACGACCAUGGCCAAAGAUAGUUCGGGAACGUGGGUAGGUUUAUCGACGACCAAAGAUCCCAGGUUGCUCGUUUGCUUAUCACCGUCUCAGCAGAAAACCGCAAUAAAAACGAGCGCGGACAACUUACUGGAUCUGCAUAGAAAAUUCCUAAACAGACACAGCUAUUUCGACGAAGAACCGCCUCCACGAAUCCCUGUUCCUAAAUAUCGAGUCGAACUGCUACCCAUCGACGAAAGUAACAAAGAAAGCGUUAAACGCGAAGUAAAAAUCGAAUUCUCCAAACCGACUGCUCAUGACGUUCGCACUGAAUACGAUAAAAAAUUACCUACAAACAGGCUGUUAGACAUCAUCAAAGAAAAUUCUGACAAUUCUAAACAUCCAUAUAGCGCGAGACCAAAGUCGAGAAACGAAUCAAAGGUAAAGUUUGAUGAAUCGAGGCACUCCGACACAAAGUCGUCUUAUACAAAGUCGAGUACUCUUGACAAUGAUCAGGAGCGUCUCAAAGUCACUCGCCUAUGCGACUGGUUGAACUUAGCAAGACGCGAACCCGUCAGUAAUGCGCGGCACGCGACAUCGCUCUCCGAUGAUUUAUUAAUAGAAUCGUCGGGUGAGGGAAAAGAGCGUGAUAAGAGUCGAUUCAGCGAACGAAUUCAUGGCAAUCAGUCGGAGGUUGCAAAAGAAUCAGGGUCAGAUAGAACCAAGGAACAUGUUACUGGUAAACGGUCGACGCCAGCUCAUUUCAUCAACGCUGCUUUGAUCGUGAAUUCGCUCGAAAAACCGGAGCCGCCCGUCAGAAGUCCGACGCCCUUCAACAAGAGUCCCAUUACACUGAACAGUGCUAUCAUCGACAAAUCGGCCGCGAUGCCAGACACUGCGGACAGGAGGACACCGCCACGAAGGACCAUCGAUCCGCGCUACAACGUGAAUCCAGCGUUGAUCGACAAUAAAGUGGAAGUGCCACCGCGUCUGAAACGUGUGAUCAACGUAGACAAAUCGUGUAUCGACACGACGAGUAUUUUCGAUCAGAAUCCACCUAGAAGUCAUCUGGAACCACGACGAUACAAGAGCGAAGAAGAAGAAAAUGUGAAACAGGUGGCAGCUACGGAAAUCAUGCAAAAUCUGAAAAAACUUCAAACCGAGGCAGAAACUCAAUUGGAGGGUCAUCGAAAGUAUUCUCUACCCCAAGAGUAUUUCGCACAGCAACUGAAAUACAUAGAGCUGCUGGAGAAUCAGUUGAAGAACGUAAUAUUAGCCGAGGAGGAGGAGAAGGAAGCCUUUGAGACAUUCCAAACACAUGCGAGGCAACGGGUGCAGGAGAAAGGCGUAACGAAGGAUGUACCGAAGAGACUUCCUUCUUCAGACAAGUCUUUUGAUCGAGUAUAUACCUCUGAGAUUAAAGAAAAAGCCUCUCAAGACACUUCCAAUGAUGAAUCUUGGGUAGAGAGCCAAAGCUGGCAAGAGAAGUCCGAGGAAGUGAAGGAAAAUUAUUCGGAGACGAUUAAUAAACAUGGUCAGAAGGAUUUUUUGAAGAAGGUGCAUCGCGAGAACGGUUUCCACGAGGAGGAAUGUGAAAAGCGAAUCGAGCACGUGGAACAGCAUUCCGUGAUGACCAAGAAGGGUGACAAAGUUCCUGAAAAGAUGAAAACGGAUCGAGCUGAGCAAACGAGCGGCGCUUGUAAAAAAGCACCUACGGAAAAAGAAACGACGAAGGAAGAGCGUCGUUUUGGCAAAGAAAAUACGUCGCCUGAGAUGUCUAACUCACAGAAAACCGUCAAAGUCGAAAAACCGAGUGUGCCCGCGGCCGUGAAGAACAGCGAAACGUUUCGACAGAGAAUGUACGACGAGUAUGUGCACAAGGUCCUCGAGCGAGAAGAACGGAAACAUCAUAAAGUGGUGAAAAUCAGCACUCACGAGGAUAUUCAGAAAUUGAAGAAUAAUUUGGGAAAAAGUGGCAUGAGCACCGUUGAAAAAGAGUUUAUCGAAAAAGCGAGGAACAGGCUAAAUAAAUUUGGGAUUAAUUUGGACGAAAGCGAAUCUGAAAGCGACAAAAGCGGUAGUAAAGUCAAACGUGACAAAAAGACGAAUGAGAGGAAAGAAGAAUGCAACGAGGAGGAGAGUACCGUCAAGGUGAAAUGUUUGAUCGACGGGAAGGAGUUCGAAGACGCGAAAAAGUUACCGAAGCAUCUACAAGAAUUCCUUACAAUGUCCGCCACGUUCGACGAUGUCGGAUAUGGUUAUGAUUUUGACACAAGGCAAAGUGAUAAUGAGAACGAUCUUCUGCACGAGAUUGACAAUGCUUUGAAAUUCGGCAAGGGAUUUCUGUUUGGGAAAGAGAACGUUAUGUUCGCUCCCACGUUUAAAGCUUCUUCCGCAACACCAGGCGUUUGGUCACCUGGAAGCGAGCCACCGCCACCCCCAAAGGAACCGAGUCCUGGACAGAAAGAACCUCCAAAGGAUACUGGAAUCCCUCCUGUCUGGACGCCUUCCAGCGCCGGAACCAGUCCAGUUCCUGAAAAAAAGGAAUUUCGACCGGUGCAAUUCGAAAGCCCUAUUCUGAGCCGAAAAAAGCCAGCGCAGCAAGAAAGUACACAGGAGGCCCCACCACCUUGGGAAACGGAAGAAGAAAAGAAAGAAACGUCCCGAAGUUGUUAUGACAGCAGUACGCGAAUUGUCAAUUCGCAUUCAGCACCUUCGCAAGGAUUAAGUUCGUUAAGUUCAACACCUCAUCUGCCACGUGCCCAGAAUCCAACAAUAACGCUGCUUCAGAAAGCAAGAGAGGGCCAAUUACCGAAAGGAGCAGCCUAUCUGGAGGAGACCGAAACGAUAAAACGACCUCCGAGCGACGAAAAGCCGAUAAUUAGUCCAGGCGAGAUCAUUUACAACGUGAAGAAAGAGUACGAGAGCGAGCCAGAAACAGAAAAUGAACCGCCAAAGAAGAUGGCCGAUUUGAGUCCUCGAAAAUUCAAUGGUAUUGGCCCAACAUCUAAGGAGGGUAUUCCUCUCGUUUUAAGAUCGGAAGUCAAGGAGAAUAAUCAAACAAAAUGGUAUAAGAAAAUGUACGACUCGUUGCAUCGUGCAGACAGAAGCGAUGACUACAUAACCGUUCAUUACAAACAAAGAAGAGGGACGAGAUAUGGUUACGAAAGUGGCAGUGGAUAUUUAAGCGAACCGGAACACCGUUUAUAUUCGGAUCGUUCUGUCACGCUCGACAGCCGUCGUCGUCUACGUAACAAGGAAAAUGAUUUCGCCACGUCGACUAUGCCCAGAAAAAAUGGCACAUUAAAAUAUACUUCAGAGAUUUAUAAAAAUCAACCUGGACGCAUCGAGGAUUACGAACCUGGACGAUCAUCGAUCGCCGAAAAGGAAGCCAAGGAGUGGUGGGACGAGGUCAUGGAUAUAUUUGACGGGUGGUUGAACGAGAAUGGACAUCCCCAGGGUAUGGAAAUGAAGGAGCUCCGAGAUGCACAGCUGAGCCACCGUGCUCUGAGCCUCUCCUACCGACCGGAGAGCAGUUACAAUCCUUUUGAUCAGCGCAAUAGUCGUCCAGUGAAACCAUAUAUGUCACAUGCUCUUAAAGAAUCAGGAUACGAAAGCGAUUCUACUCUGGUAUUCCGUCGCAAGGAAGAUAUCAGCCCGCUGAGUCAAGUUGAACAAAGACUGGCCUAUAAAACUGUUCAAAGCGGUGGCGACGUACCCCUUCAUGGCUUUCGUAAACCCGCUCCAGAACGACCAAAGGACGACACGGGGAUCGAGUAUUUUCUGAUCUCGCCCACUUUGACACGGAUCCGUGUUCACCGAAAAAGUGUCUCUGCUACCACACCUGCUUCAUCAUCAUCCACUUUCUCGCGACACGAAAGAUUAUCCUCCAGUGAGAGUGGAAUGAGCAAGAAAAUGGACGUUCGAUCAACUAUCACAAAAUCAAAGUGUCUCAGAGACGACAGUUUCACCAAUCCACAACUAGGUAGUAGAACAUUCUCAAAUGCGGUCACAGGACCUCCUUCUCCACCCCGAAGACAAUCUUCUAGAAACAGCAAAACAUUGAAACUGUAUGCAUCAACUGCAUCAAAUCUCAAACAUCAAACCAUGGAUAACACGCAAUCUUUUAAAUCAAGACACAAGCAAUGUUUUACAGAAGACGGGUCCAAGGUUAAGUCACUGAAAGAACGGUUUUGCAGCAAUCUUGACAGAUUCAAGCAGAGUCGAAAAAGUCUUUCAACUUCCACUUUAUUUCGGACGUCCUCUAACAGCUCGAUCUCGCCUCGGUCUAAAGUUUCUACUUCGGUGGCCAUUCCAUUGAACAAGAAGAACUCGGACUCGUGGUUGUCACAAAGUUUACUCGACACAGCUGCGAUGGAAAGUUUCGCGGCCGACAAAAGUCGAACUCGCGUUUGCGUGGAUACUUCUUCUUCGUGGAAAACUGGCUACGGAUAUUCAGUGAAACCUGACUUGAAACGUGGACUUGAACAUAAAUCAUCCUCUUCUUCUUCGAAGACGACUUCGAAAUAUCUAGUUUCUUCCCCAACAAAAUCAAAGAAGUUGCGUUCUAUGAAUGAAAUCGGUAAUUCUAUAUCUUAUCUUAAGAAAACUAAUGUUAGAGGAAGGUUAACAAGAAAAGAGCAGGAAGAAUCUUCUAAAAGACUCGCCAGGUCACCGGUUGAUUUAUCUUCUAUAGAAAAUAGGAAGCAUUUGCAGAAAUAUAGAGACAAAAAUAGCAAAGAUGUUCGCACGACAGUAUUGCCAUCAGGAGCAGUUGUUAAAAGUUCCUCGACGAUGUAUUCUGCAGCUUUAAAUAAUGCAAAGCAGAAAAGUCCGCAAGACAAAUCUUUGAAAGUAAUAGUUACUGUGUCUUCUAAAGGACAGGAAAUGUUAAGAAACCCAGUAGACUCAACUUCUACAGCAAAAUCAACGUUUGCUUUAAAGUCUUCUUCAGCCACAUCUUCUCCAUCAGUUCUGGGUAGAUCGGUAUUAACAGACACCAGGAAACCGAGGACAAUAGUCGGACAGCAUGAUAAAAUAGGUUCUAGCAGGAAAUUUACAUCCUCUUCUGAUGCAAUUAGCGAAUCAUAUACAAAGAAGAGACUAAGACCUCAUACCAUCGUCAAGUUUCCUACACAAAAGCCAGAAACCAUAAAAAUUAGUCCUGACUCGACUAAAAAAAAACUUGAAGCAAAGAAAUCGAAGAAGGACAAGACCGAAGUUACUGCGAGAACGAAAAAAGUAACAACUGGACAAAAGUCAGAUUCAAAAAAUGAAAGUAUUAAUAAAACUAAUAUUGAAAACGAGGAGCCUAAUAUUAAACAGAAUCCGUUAUCAACACUGAGUAAACAAUCACCCGCGUUAGCUGUAGAAAAAAUUAAAGGACAUCACGAAGUAGCAUGUUCUGAUACAUUUUUCCAGAAUCUCUUUUUAAAAUCAGUUUCUUCAGCUGUUUCAAGUGAAAAUGUCUCUUUUAAGAGAUACAGUGUUAGUGAACGAGCGAGGAUAUACCAAGAAAACAUCAGAGAGGGUAGCAAAUCGGAACCUUCACUAAAAGCUUUGAGUAUUUACUUAGCUCACAAGCGUCCAGUAUCAGAUUCAAAAUUCAAAAACUGGGAACGCGAGAGUAUCUCUUCUAGGAGUUCUAGCCCAUACGGUGUCAGCUGGCCUGGAAGAUCUGUAUUUCAUAAAGUGAGCAAGUUUGACAGUCUUCUAGGUAUCGAGGACUUUGGAUCAUCGAGUAUUUUACGUAAUCGAAGUCCAGACUCGGCGAAAGAGCGUUUGAAGGAAAGAAGUUCAAGUGAGCCGCCUUUGAAGACUCUGCCAGAACGUUCAGACUCGAAACACUCAUCUUCACGAACUUCUUCACCAUCUCCAAUUAGAUCACCAGCCUGUAGACGCAUUCGUACAUUGAAGCAAGAAAAAUCAGAAAUUCCUAACACAAUUAUUGCGAAGAAGAUUACAACUAAAAGUGCUGGAGAAACUGAAGAACUGCAAGAAAUCCGAUCUAAGUUUGGCUCUAAUUUAUCAUUGAGUAGAAGCACGAAUUCUCUGUACACGUCACCAAUUGGUCACGAAGAGUAUCAUCAAUAUGUACUGGAAAGGUUACACGACAGAAGGAGAUCGAAAAGGUACAAGGAACUGCACGAUUUCUAUUCGAGCCUUGAAAGAUUGGGCGAAUUGGAGAGGACUUUUUCUACCAACGACUUACGACCAAGGAUGAAAAACGAAGAAAUUAUAGAUUAUGAUAGAUGGAAGAAAGUAAGGUCGCACGAGAGAGCUGAAGUCGAGUUCAGUGCUCUGUAUGGAAAGCUAAAGGCUGUUCAGAGGAACAAAGACUUGUUGUUCAGCACCAAAGAUAUCAGUAAGUUUAAAUGGCACGGUGACUGCAGUUUAAGGUGUAAAGAACGAUCUGUUGAAAAUAUUAUUCAGCAUUUCAACAAGCUCCAAUCUGAAGAGAGUGACCUAGAAUAUUCUAGAAGAAAAGAAAUCUCGUCGAGAAAAGAUACGUAUAAACCGCUUUGGCGAGGCACUUCUGUACUAAACGUGGCGAGCACAAUGCAGAAGAAAGCGAAUAGCUCUCAUAACGAGAAAUCCUUGGAUCAUACAGAUCAUCCAUUCUUACAAAGAAAUCUUGGUGGCAGUAAAAAAUUUUGGAGCAGUUUGUCUAUCGAACAAGUAGCUACUUUGAAGAAACAGCUAAACGAAAUUUACGGUAGCGAUAAUUUGCAAAAGUUUACACCGUCGACAUCUUCAAAAAUGAAUCCUGAAAUCACAGAACAACGACAAGAGAAAAUAGGAGAAACUGAUAAACACGAUUCUUUAUCGAAAUAUGAAAUUGUCGUUCCACCUCAAGUCGAAUCGCCUGAUGUUCGAGAUGAUGGGAAAGGUCUUCAUGUACGAUGUCACUCUAUGAUUACAUCGGAUAUAUCCCCAAGGGAUCAGAAAUCGUUGACGGAUCGUCCAGAAUUGAAAUUGAAGAGAAGUGAUUCUAUUAGUCAAGGGAAAAGCACAGAAAAAUUUGAAUCUGAUAAAACUCUAUUCAGAGUCCCUCCAUCUAUGAGCGAGUUAGAGAAAAAGAGACUGUCUGUGACACUUGGAAAAGAAGUUUUGUCAGUUCUGUCGCUUCCAUUGGCUCCCCGUGAAACACGAGGCAGCAUAGCAGCUGCAUUAGCGGCUAAGAAGAUGCCAAAAGCGACUCGUUCUGCGGCUACGCCUAGCGUAACCAGCACAUCACCUAGAAGCUGUUAUUCUCUGGAGCCGUCAAGUGUUGAAGAUUCAUCGAGAACAGACUUGGGGAUCAAAGAAAGCGACUUCCUAUUGGUCCUAACCCCAAACAGCAAGAGUCCAUCUGAUAGACAGCGAGUAGAAAACGUUUUAGAAGAAUGGUCUAGAAAACCUCCUCUUCUAACGAUUGCUAUACCUCACACGACUACUCAGACCAAAAUUUCAGCCCAAAAUUCUGGCAGUGAAAGAGACAGUAUGACUGAAAGUUCCGAAACAUCUGUAAGAACGGUUAUUCAACGAAAUAUAGAGUCUCAAGAUGUUCCAACGAAGAUCGAAUUCUUCGAAAACGUUGAUAAAAUAGAAACUGAUCAAGAUCGUAGAAAAGCGGAGCAAACGAGAUCAAAAUCAAAGUUGAAAUCAGGGAGAUUGUCUUCUUCUCAAAGUUUUGCAGAUUUGAAAGAAUUAUUCGGUGAAACGGAAUCGGCAAAAUAUAGCACCUUGUCUUCGUCAAGGUGCAGAACACGUUCUAUUUCCCCAAAAGCAUUCGUUACUAAAGAGAAAGAAAGCAGCCCUGAUAGGGAAGUGGACACGCGACCCUCGUUUCGCUCUUGUUCAUGCGACCGUGAACAUGAUAGGCCUCAGAGCAUUAGUCCGUGUCGUGCAACCAUGCGAUCGAAUUCAUCCUGCAGUCUCGAGAGCAUCUGGUUGCGUAGUUCCUCGCCAGACCCGGGAAAAUAUUGGCGCGCCUAUUUAAAGCUAGUAAAAAAUGGUACGGUGAGACGUUUGAAGGCUAGAUUUGAGAGUGCCGAAGAUCUUCGUGGAAAUACAGUCAGGACGGUUCCAGUACCAAAAAGAUUUCAGAGCGAUCCUGAACUGGCCAGAUGUCUUCUGAGGAAGGUGGACGAAGGUAAAGUGAAGCCUCAUGAAUUUGCGGACGUAGCCUGGUUGCGUCGAAGGUACGAGCCUCGCAGAGGAAGAGCUCGCCGCAGAGGCGAGUCUCCGCCGAUUCCACGUGUUCCUUUGAGACGAGAGGACUUGUCUAUGCCUCACAUCGAUGUUAUCAGUAAGACAGCUGAAUUGAAGGAUUCAGCUACAACUUCUACUGUGACUAAUGCUAGGAAGGCAGAGACUGACGAGCUGGAGGCGAGGAAGUCUGUUGGGCGUAUGAGAAAAAAGUUCGAAGAGUUUGCUACUCAGAAAACUUCGAUUCUGGGCGAAAUGUUCACCUCGUCGCCGAAUAUGCACGAGCUGAGAGAUAUCGCCCCUUAUCUAGCUGGUCAAUGGAUAGCACAUAGGUAUCCCAGUCGACGAGAUAACAUGCGCUCGUUGUCCUCACCACCCAACCUCGCUGCCAGAUAUGUUUCCUCGAAAAGUAGGACGAAUUCCGCUUCCACAAAGACACAGAUCAAUGAUAGAGGUAAAGUGGUGAACCAAGUACGCGCCUUAUCAAAAGGUCCAUCGUCAAUUUUGAAACAAUCAGAUGGUUUUACAAGUCAACCGUUUGAUCCUGCUAAACACAGACCGAGGUUUAGAUAUCAACCGCUUCCUCCGCCACUAUCGCCGACCGUUCCACAAAAAGCCACUUCUUGGUGGUCACCAAUUCCCAUCUACACUGCUCGACCAACUGUCACUUUCGAAGAAUACUCGAACGCACCUCCACCGCCGUCAAAAUCUCAGCACUACAGAGACGCCUGCCAAGAAUCACCGAGGCGUUAUGUGGAGGGUGAGGUGACAAUUCACUAUCGUUCACCAGUGCGUACAGAGGCAAAAGAACCAUUGAGCGAAGAAGAGCUCGCUCGUCGAAGCGCGGAAAAUAUGCGACGCGUUUAUGAAGAAGAACGUCGUCGCAAAUAUCUUCAGGAAUUACACGAUAUCAAUUCACGACGACACACUGACAACUUUAUACCAUCACAAAAAUCACCGAUUCCCUUGAAUCGUUACGACGAUUUCGUGGAUGAUUUGAGUCACAGAAGCAGAUCCCAGGAGCAAACACCGGAACCGCGGCUCGUGGCAAAAGCACUUUAUAAUUUUAUCGGGCAAUCUCCACGGGAAUUAAAUUUCCGUCGCGGUGACAUAAUAUUUGUACGUCGCCAGGUAGACAAGAACUGGUACGAGGGUGAACAUAAUGCUAUGAUUGGCCUGUUCCCAUCGAAUUACGUUGAGAUUUUACCUUACGAUGGUAUGCGCACGACCCCAAAGAAACCUUACGAGGGUCAAGCACGAGCUAAAUUCAAUUUCGUCGCCCAAACAAAUCUCGAAUUAUCUUUAGCCAAAGGGGAAUUUGUGGUCUUGACAAGAAGAGUUGAUGAAAACUGGUAUGAGGGACGUAUCGGAAAUAGAAAGGGAAUAUUCCCCAUCUCCUACGUUGAAGUUAUGACAGAGCCUGGCCUUAGAUCAGAAACGCCAACACAAAACAAACCAGUAGCCUCUCCAGCUGCGCAUAGUCUUUUGGCAAAUGGAUCAGCUGGGGGGAAAAUGAGUAUGGGAUCCCAUCACUAUAUGCCGUCCAUACCAGUUAACAUUAACACAACCCAGCCACAUUACAAUUCACUGCCACGGAUGGGCGGUAACAAAUUAUAUGUUUCACAACUUAACGAAGCAUUACAUAUCGACACCCAUUCUGAACCAAUACCAUACCGAGCUCUCUACAAUUACAAACCACAGAACGAAGAUGAGCUCGAUUUAAAGGAAGGUGAUACGGUGUAUGUGAUGGAGAAAUGUGACGAUGGUUGGUAUGUUGGUUCCAGUCAAAGGACUGGUUACUUUGGCACAUUUCCCGGAAAUUACGUGGAACGAUUGUGAGAAAUGACAACAAGCGAUAUCGAACCGCCGUCGUUUACCUUUUACCAAAGCACUAAAAAAUCGAAUCGUUAAUAAUAAUAAGUUUUAAACGUUAACGAUAAAGUUCAACGAUACUCUUGUCACUACGGUCUUUUGCUAUUCGUAAAUUUUCAACGCUAACGGAAACGUAAUAUAUAAGAUAAAAAAGAAAGAAUCAAGAAUGAACGCAUAAAUAUAUACAAAAAAAAAGACAUGAGCUGAUCGAAACUUUAUCGUCGGAUUCACGAAAAAUUCAUGGAAAAUGAAAUCUAAACUUAAGGCCUCAUAACAUAUAUGUAGUGUAUAAUAAUAUUUAGUAAUUUACUAUACAACAUUCAUAAGAAGCGAGUGCGUCAGGACGACGUUACGAGAACAUCGAAGUAGAAAAUGAACAUGAUAAGAUUGGGAAUGUUUUAUCCGUGUAUCUUUAUCUAGAUCCACGAGUUAUCAAGCCGGAUCUGUUCGUGUGAACGAAAUAAUGUAUAAAUAACAUGCAACUUUUCACAAACCCAAAUCCAUCGAAUCCACUGUUCGUUAAAACGGGAUCAUUGCGAAGGUUAUACUUGACAGGUCGACACGAGGAGUUUUUAUCAAGCCUAUGUAACUUCUGUGUAAUUAUAAAACAAGAUCCUCCUAUCGGGAGGACUAUCUGGUUUCAGUAACGAACGUAAUUAUUCGUAUUAGCCGUUUAACUGAUCAAGCGACAAUCGUAUUGUAUAGUUUCUAUCUACUUACAGAGAGAUGUUUGAGAUCAAAUAUCUACUGUAAUGUAGAAAAGAUAUCUUGUGUAAAAAAAAAUAUAUAUAUAUAUAUAUAUGUAUUAAAUUGAAUAUAGUUCCCGGAUAUUAAUUCUCAACUGGUACAGUUGGAUUGUAGCCAAUUUACAGUUUCAGUUGGAUCAUUUCAUCAUAGAGUACUCUAUUUCAAUACACUAAGAUCGUUUACAGAGUUUUUAUGAUAUAAGAUAUAGGACACAAAUUAAAAUAAAAUACCUUAAUUCUUUCAAAAUAUAGUUGUCUAGAAAAUAAUCAUCAAGAUUUCUCGUAUUUCUCAGAUAUAGAGAAAUAUUUAUUUUUAGUUUAUAAAAUUUCAGUAAAUUCUAAUAAUUACUUUAUCAAGCUUUCUUGUGUUUCUGACGUCAAAUUUAAUUUUUUAAACUUCAGUAUAACUUCAGUAUAACUUUAAGUAAACUUCAGUAUAAUUAUAUCAUCAAAAUUUUGUGUACUCCUGAUAUCGAAUAUAAAAGAUAUAUAUUCCUUACAGCUUUUCAAAAUUUCCAAAAAAAGUUUUUAAUAAUUACGUUAUAUAUGAUAAUAUAUAUAUAAUUGACAACUUUCUGCAUUGCUUGUAUUUUUCUUAUAUUACAUUUUCAAAGAAUUAAAAUUAAGUGAUCUACGCAUGUUUUAAAUCUACCCUCAACUAUUACGGUAAUAUAUCAUUCAAAGACAUCAGUUAUGAAUUGUGUAAUCCUUUUUGCAUUUUUUCAUAUAAUGCAAUUUUUAAAAUAGAUUAUACACUGAUAACAGAUCACAAAUUAAAGUGAAAAAAGAUUAAGGAAAAUUCGACAAUGUAAAAAUAAAUAUGAAUUGCCGCUUGGUCAAAAACAUUCUGGAAAGCGACGUUGAUGCUUCAAAGUUUAUUGGAUUACGACAUUAAACAUGAAAUUAAACCGAAAGAUUCUAUUUUACCUCCGUUAUACUUUUAGUUAUACACCAUUUUCUGUGACACAUAAUUAAACAAGAUGACUACGGUGAGCAAAGAAUUUCCACUAAACUUUGCUAACGGCAAAUUAAAUUUGCGAUGUUAAAGAGUCUCUGGAACAACGCAAUACUAUCACGGCAAAGUUUUUUUAUGUUAAAAAUGUUUAAAACUUUAUCUAUGAAAUUUUUACUACAAAAUUUCCAUUGCGAAAUUUUCACUUCUAAUCUACUUCACGUCAAAUCUACCCUAUCAAAUUGCAUAAAAUAUUACUAAUUAUAUAAAUUUUAUAAAUUAUACAAAUUACAACAUACGUAAAUUCUGUUCUGCGACUGUAAAUCACGAAAGAAAAGAUAUUCACCGCCGAAAAGGAGACUAAAAAUUUGCAAUUUUAGCGGAAGAUUUUCGCAUCAUUUCAGAAAUGAUAUAAACGAACGGAGAACCCGCUAAGUUCAUUAUAGUAAAUUUACAGCCAAAAAUAAUGUUCGCUGCCACAAAAAAUAUUUUACAUUGGUUUGGUAAAUCCGUUAAAAUGCAAAUAUCUCUUUGUCGUUAGUGAAAUUACGAAUUUUUAGCCUAUAUUUUAAAACGGUUUUGAAACUAACCAAAGAUAAACGUUUUGAGUAAUUUGAUCUCGACCCAAGUACAUAAGUAAAGUUUAUGACGAACCUAGUGCGAGGUUCGUCUUGCUUCGACGACGUGUUCUCGAUGCGAAGCGUAACAGCCAGUUUAGACGAUACGGUAUUUUGAUCGAUUUCUUGAUUUUACUUUCUUUGUUUAUCUAUUUCACAGUAUGGAUAUGAAUACGUUUUCUGCCAUGUUUCGAUAUUACAGUGGUCAGAGAAAAAGGAGCAUCAGAAGAUAUUGGAUACAUCCUGUUGUGAAAGAUAGGUAUCAAUUGGAUUCCUAUCAGAUUCUCAUGUUUCUAUUAAGUACAGAAGAAAUGAAAUUUUCGUAUGUCAAUAUCUAUAACUAUGAGACUAGCAUCAAUCACGAAUAGAAAGUUAUGGCAUGGUUAAGGACAGUUUUUAAUUGUUAUUAUUGUAUACAAUCAUUAUAUACAUUAUACAUAUUAUAUAUAACCUAAUUUUUAAAAUUGCAUAAAACACUACAUUAAACAUUACACUAAACACUAAUUUUUGUUAACCCUCUGCUUGCAUUAACCCUCUGCUUGCAGUAUGGUUUUUCCAGUCCCAGACGAAACUGUCAAUCUUCGUGGUUGCUGCAUCUAAAAAAGCUUGCAACUACAAGCUCUUGACUACGCAAACACUGUUUACUUCAUUCGAUUCAGUUUUGAAUAUCAUGAGGGUAAAAUGAGCAUUGUACUUUCAGUGAACCAUAUUGCCAUCCACAUCAGUCUUUUGCUAAGUGAAUCUUCUUAAAUGCGUAAUUUUUUUUUAUUUUGUUACAUAUAUCAAUUUCUUGGUGACCACCUUUUUCUUUUAUUUAAGAUGUUUAUUAAACUCAAGAUACAAAUUUUUUAAAUAUCUUUUGGUGUUCACAAUAAACGGUAGUGGUUUUUUAGGCAAAAGUACCGAUACGCGACGGUACGACGUAGCCAUGUUAUAAUAUGUGUCGGCGCUUUACAUUUUUCGUGUUUAAUAUGAUUAUUAGGUUUAAGCCGCUGGGAGAGCGGAGCUUCUGUGUGAUUUUGUUUUUGUUUGUUUUUUCUGUCCUGAAAACUUGGUUGCAAAACAGGACGCUUCGGUAGCUCGCUUUUCUUGGUGACCACCUCAGUGUCUUGUAUGACUCCUAUAUUUUUCAUAAAUUAGUACGACAUAUGAAACCUUCUUUUUUCGACGCGUGUCUCAUAUCAUUUUUCAAUAAUAAAUAAUCUACACAAAAAUCCCGCAAAUUUAGAUCUCAAAAUAAUUAUACUAUUCUAAGACUGAUAAAUUUCUUUUUCGAAAUAUGGGUAGGUCUUAUGGGUAGGAUCCAACAAUAUUAUCUUUUAAAUAUUUGUUUAAUACGGAACUGUAUACCUUGAAACAAAUUCCCAUUUUUUCAUAACUUUCAUUAACAUAAUUUAGAUUUAGACAUUUGGCUAAAGUAUCCUUUGUAUAAUAAACUAAGGAUUAUAAUAAGUACUUGAGAAUUUUGUCAGAUUUUUUUGAAGUGCAAGACAAUAAAAAACUAGAUUUGACUGAAAGAGCUGAUCGCGUUAGUAUAGGCCAUGUUGCGGGCGGAGGGUUAAGUGCAAAUAUUGAAAUUAGAAAUGAACUAGAUCCCUAAAUGACAAUAAUUUUUAAAUUAUCGAUGAUCGAAUUCUGACAGGGUCAUUAUGUGCUAUAAUUUUUUCGUUCAUAAGAUUCAUUUGCUGAUUAUUUAGAAGGAUUAAAUGAUAGAUAUGUGGCUUAUGAUAGAACAGUGAUUAUAUUCAUAUGUGCAUUUUCAUAGCUUUCUUUGUUAAGUUUAUAAACUCUCGCUUGAAAUUCUAAAAUUUCAUCAUUGUUGAAUAUAUGUAAUGAUGGCAAAAGACAUUUAAAAAAUCAAAUAUGACAAAUCUUUUUUUCAUUUCUGGGAAAAUUUAUUUUUCUGAUCUAUUAAUUUCAUCAUAAUCUUCUUCUAAUGAAUUACAUAUUUCCGGACUACAUCUUUUAGAUUUUUAUCUUUAUAUAAAUCUGUUCUUUUAUCUCAUCUAGUGUGUCUUCGUUCUACCAACGAAAUUCAAAAUUCCCUAUUCAUUUUUGCCAUUUUCCACAUUUUGGACACACUUUAUACUAUACCAUGAUUCUUCUACAAGUACGAAAAGAAAGAAAAAAACACGUAUCCACGACACACGUACGUAACGUACACGUAAACACGUAUCCGUAAACACAAAAACACGACAAAACCAAAUAUCGAGAGCGAGUGCGCUAAUACACAAACAAGCAAUCGGCAAAUGUAUUAGUGACAGCUAUACCGAAUACAUUAAUUCAUAUGUUUGGAAGCUGAACGUGCGGCUAAAAUAUAGAAAUGUGUGAAUGCUGCUAGAUAUUGCAAAAGACCACAUUGUCCGAACUGGCUGUAGUUAGUACGUAAUUUUUACUGAGGAUUGCUGCGGGAACGUGAAAUUUUCCAAAAUUAAUGAAUUUGAAACCGAGAGUUGAUUUUCAAUUCGAGGAAGGCAUGAGAAUUUCCUUCUAUGUUUGUAGAUAAAUCAGUCGUGUUGUUGUUACAUUCGUGAGUAUCCAAGAGUAAGCGAUUUAUAAUUGAAAGUUUGCCUUCCCAAAAUAAUAUUUUUGUAAACAUUAUUUGUACUCAGAGUUAUAUAUACAUAUAUACAUGUAAAUUAAUUAUAUAAUGUAUAGAAGAUAUAUCUAUAUACAUAUGUAUACAUAGUUACAAUAUCACACGCAUAUAUAAAGAGUAUAUAAGAUAAUUAACAACAUAGUUAAUCGCGCACGUGUUAAGAUGCACACACGUAAUGUUCACAAAAGAACGAGUCGUGUUAACCCCUAUAAUAAUUAGUCGUAGCUAAAAGAUUUCCACUGAUGUCAUACACAAAUACGAGAUUCUACGAUUUUCGAGAACGUUUCGUCAUGACGUUCUAAGACAGCCUACCACUUAAAUCUAAAAAUAAAGAGGAAGCGAAGAAAAUAAAAAAGAUAAAAAAAUGGAUGCAGUUGCAAAAACAGACAAUACUUAUUACUAUAGUAACUUCGUAAAACAAGAAAAGGUAAUCAAGUAGUGAGAGCAACUAAUCUAACCAGUUACAACUAAUAAUAAUUGUUUCAGUUGAUCGAUUAAUCAUUGUUCAAGGGUCAACCGAUUGUUUUAUGCGCUUGAAGAAAAUACACGAGUUUCCAAAGUCUUUUGCUGUAAAAUUAUUUUGAAUUGCUAAUUAUAUAUCGCGUUUUUAGAUUUCUUUACAUUGCAUGUUUGUUUACUUCAAAUUAUUUAUUUGCAUUGCUUUGUUGAAAUGAUAUUUUUGGAUUUAUAUUAUUCUUGGAACGAUAGUGAUUAUUUUCAAGCAAUCUUUUUUUAAUUACAGAUAUUAUAAUACGUGAGUAUUCUAAAAUACUUUUAAAAGUUUGACAUUCGUUUACCUUAUUAUUUCAAGUUCAAUGUCGUGUUAAAUCUUGACGUAUUAUAUAUAUACAUAUAAUUACUUCGGUACUUUAUUUCUUUUGUUUGUUAAAUUUAUAUAAUGAAUGUCUCCUAAUUAAAUAAGUAUUAUUGUAACGGAUGGGCUAACUAGAAGCACACAAUUUAACCAUUUCAUAUGUAUCAAUCAACUUUUACUUCUGAAUCAAACAGAUUUGCACGAUGUUACACAGUUAUGAACGCGAAAAAAUGGAAAAAAUAAAAGAAGUUAACCUUUGAAAUUCGCAGAGAUGAAGAAAAUUUUGAAAUGCACAUUUUUCUACGUUUGAACUAUAUUUGAACUACAAACAUGAAUUAUGAAUUUUCUUUAAAACUCUUUAGAAUUUUUUUGUAUUUGUUUUUUAAUAAUUGUAUUUCACAUCUUUAAUAUUUCUAUACUUUAUCACAGAAGGAAUAAAAAUUAUAUCUUGAAAAUCAUUGGGUCUCAAUACAUUAUACAAUAUAACAUCCAUUCUAUUCAAAUUACCCUUUUCUUUACGAAACACAUGUUUAUCGUAUUUUUUCUUUGAAAAUUCAAUUACUCUGUAUAUAAAACUGUACAAGAUAUUUAAAUCUACGUCGUGCUCCAAAUGAAGUGUUACAAGCCGUUUUCUUAAAAAUCACUGGAGAUGCUGACUUCACUUCUGGUAUAAAAAAUGCUGCAGGAGAGCUAAUCUUUUAAUGUGAAAAGCGACUUUUACGGUGAAAAAGAGGUCGUCCUAAAUUUUUUUAGAUGGUAGAUGAUAUUAAUUUUUUGUUACUCAGAUAGUUCUUAUCAAACUAAAUAAUAUUUACUUGAACUAUUUUUUUUAUCGCACACAGUUACAGAUUUAUGGCAAAUAUUUUGUUGACGUGUUGCUUGUUAUAAACAUGUCAUCAGUAUCGGUUACUCCAUGAAUAUAAUCAAAUGUUCAAGAGAAUAGAAGACUUAUUAAUAAGUCUCUAAGAAAUCUAAAAAUAUGAUUUUGAACAUUUAGUAAAAAAACUACUCCGAUAUUUUUCCUUUUCUUAGCCUCAUUUUCACUUUCUCGAUAUUUCCCUCGAGAACAAAUUUUUCGACAUAAUUCGGUAUCUACGCAUAAUAAAAAAAUGGUUCAAGUAAAUGGAAUUCAAUUUGAUAAAAGCAAUCCAAAUGGCAGAACAUUAAUAUCACCUUCCAUUUUUAAAAAUGUAGGGGCCCCCCUUUUUCUCUCUAAAGAUCGCUCCAAAAAAUGGGUUCCACACUAAAAGAUUGGGCCUCCUGUACCAUUUAAUUAUAGGGAAAAUGGAAUUGAUAUUCAUUAGUUUCUGAAAAAAUAGAUAGUAACGCUUUAUUUGAACCACUCUGUACAUUAACAUAUCUUCUAAAGAUCUACAUAAUUACUGUAUUUUCAAUUUAAGGCAGAUUUUUAUAAAUCUAUUUCAUUUUCAAAUUAUAUAUUUAACAACAUUAUCAUACUAUUAGAUUUGCGUCUAUAAAUCUAAACAUCUCAUAUGUUUACAUCUUCUGUUACGUCCAUGUCUCCGCUGAUUUAAUCUCAGGCGUGAAUUUGGGAAGCGGAAAUGAAAGUAAAUACCGUAAGGUGAUACGUGAUGGAAGAAACAUGCGAAUUUCUUCGAUCAAAUUAAAUCUUCCGAAAUAUCGAUCGCGAUUUUGGCGAAAUCGAAAUGUAGAAAAUUCUUAUAACGUUAUGGAAGAGAACAUGAUAAUAUGGAAUACCAAAUAUCGAGUAUGUUUUGUAGUAGGGUUUUUCUGUAGUGACAAAAUUUCGUUACAUGCUAACGAUCCAAGAAAAUAGAUGUGAUGAUCCAAUAAAUAGAUUGCGAAUUUUUAUGCAUUUGUGGGGAAUUUAUGGGAAAUGUGUAAAAAUUCACAGGAUGCAGAUAAUAUACAAAAAUAUAUAAAGCAUUCAAAGCAGGUUUGUUAUAACGAGUGGGCAUGUUAUAACAUGUAAUGGAUUACCAUAAUCUCUAUUUAGAUUUCAUUUUUAAAUUACGUUUAUAAAAACAUAAAUUUCCAUAAAUAUCCACAGUCUAGGUAUACAAAUGUAUAUAUUGUUAACAUUUUCAAUUUAUAUACACGUAUAUAUGUAAUAUAUAAUAUAUAAUGUAUUACAUAGUAUAUAAUAAUAUAUAAUAUAAUAUUUAUAUUACAUUAAUAAUAAUAAUAAUAUGUAUUAUUAUUAUAUUUAUACAUUAUUUAUAUAUUAUAUUAUAUAUUUUUAUAUAUAUUAUUAUAUUAUACAAUAUAUAUGUAUGAUAUGUCAUAUUCUAUCGAUGUUUUCGAUAUUAUUUAUAUAUUGGAAGAAAAGUAUUUAUACAUUCAAAAUAUUACUUUAAAUGUCUAUUAUUUUUGGAUAAUUGUAUGACGAUGAGAACCUAUUCGAUACAAAAAUUAUUAUAGAUUUUGAUCGUAUUUUCUACGAGUCUCUAUGCGUUUGUGAAGAAUAUACUAUUCAGGAAUAUAUUAAUAGUAUGUAAUUUAUAAAAUUAAUAACAAUGUUUGAGUUACCAGCAAGUUUCCAUAUUAUCACUUCCCCUUCGGUAUUUAAUUUUAACUCAUUUUGUUAGAUUCUUAAUUCGCACCAAUGAUAAUGUCACUGUGUAUUGUAUACUCAAAAUUUAAAUAAAUCUUAGUCUGCUACCGAAA